CUACAACACAAUCUCUGUGUGCUUCCUUCUGGAUAUUACCGAGAGGCUGGAUUGCAAUUGCAGAGCAAUUACAUCCUUCCUGUUUAAUGGUGACCAGAACUGCACUCAAUACUCCAGCCGUGGCUCCACCAGUACUUUAUGGAGACAAAUCAAUGGCACAUCUUUGCAGUCAUCCCUUUCAGGACUUAAUGCAGAGGCAGUCAUGCCAAGACUGGAAUGCACCAUCCUCCCCUUCAUACAGCCAAAACUGUGGAUCCGAUAUGUGGGCAACACAUUCGUCGUCAUUAAACACACCAAGUUAAAGGCACACCAUCUCAUCAGCAACGUUUUCACCAGGAUCAAAGUUAUGAGAUAAGAGGAAGAUGACAAUCAACUUGUGUUUCUAGACUUCAGGGUAGAAUGAAUGACCAAUGGGUAGCUCCAAACCACAGUAUAUCAAAAGUUAACCCACACUGACCAAAUGCUCAAUUUCCACAACAAUGACCCCAAUGGCAAGAAACAAAGCUGUGUUAGGACACCAUUCAAAUGGGCCACAACUCAAACGCACCAGAACUACGCAGGAAGGGGGAAGAGCACCUCUAAAAGGUCUUUGCUAACAACUGAUAUCCCAACAACUUCAUCUGCUGAUGCCUGCUAGAUUAAUAACAAGAGGGCACAAUAUGCCCCAAGAUACUGGCCGCACUACCCAUGGACAUACCAGAACUGACAACGAGACUACUGUGACCACUAGGAAUCAUGGUAGCGCACAUAGCCACACUGCAGCAAACACUCAAGGACCAAAGGCCCCAUAUACCAUGACAUGCAGGACCGAUGUAGUUUACAAAAUAUAUUACAAUAACUAACAAACAUUACAACGGCUAGACUGAAUGGAAACUAUCCAUCAGAAUACAUGAACACCAGCUUGUGGCAAAUUGACAUGAGGAGCGUUUCCUCAUCUCUGUACCUUCGGACAAUGUGACCUACCUUGGUUCAAGCCAACUGUAGACACGCACAGGAAUUUCUAGAUGACUUGUUCAACCUGUAAUGCAAUCAACAAAUAUGUGGAAUUAGAUGCCCUGUACAAACCCAUGCAGAACAGAAUUGGCACUGACACAACCCAACUUAACAGACCAGAUCAUAUAAAUACCAAAUGGAGUAGAACAACAUCACUUCUUCAGAGGCUACACAGAUGAUGUUACCUAGCAUGGUGAUGAAAAGUCUGUAUGAUAACCAGCCAGCUCGAUGAAGUCUGCUGGAACAGUUGACCAGAAUUUAUUUACUGACACCUACUGUAAGGUAUGCAGUGCUCAGCUGAUUUCAGAGUCUCAGAGAGUGGCACAUUAUGAGAGUCGAAAACAUGCCAGCAAGGUUCGACUUUACUACAUGCUUCACCCAGUUGAUGGAGGAUGUCCAGCAAAGAAGCUCAGAUCUGAAAAUGGAAGUGGUGAUGGAGAUGUGGACAAGAACAAAUGCUGCACGCUGUGUAAUAUGUCGUUUACCUCUGCAGUGGUAGCACAGUCACAUUACCAAGGCAAAAUUCAUGCUAAAAGACGCAGGCUAUUGCUGGGAGAGGAGCCAUCUUUUGGAACAGAACCAAAGCAGAUUUCCUCAAGACCUAGCCCAAUAACAAAUCCAUCACGACAGAGAAGAGAUUCAGACAGAUUCUGUCAACUCUGUAACGCUUGGUUUAAUAAUCCAAUGAUGGCCCAACAACACUACGAUGGUAAGAAACACAAGAAGAAUGCAGCACGAGCAGAUUUAUUGGAACAGCUCGGUCAGACCCUAGAUCCUGAAGCACUCAGAGCACUAAAGCGCAGUUACACUUGCAGUUUGUGUCACGUGAUCCUGAAUUCCAUCGAACAGUACCAUGCUCAUCUCCAGGGUUCGAAGCAUCAGACAAACUUGAAAAACCAAUCGUGAGAUCCUUCGAGAGCAAAAUUAUUUACUGAAUUCAACUUCAAGAUAUUCUGUUCUCCUUCAGGGCAUCCAAAUUUUAUUCAAUGCAGGGGUGAUCAUCUUUUUCAAGAAGCAUUGGACACCUUCAUAAACUGGUGUUUCCUUUCUUCCCAAAGUAGAAGUAUCUCAAGGGAUAUCUGUCACACUGUGUUGGAAGCAAAUUCCAUUGGUUGUGAACUCCGCACAAGAGUAAACAACAUGUUUUGAAGGAAACUCGUGUCUCUUCAAGCACAUAUUUUCAAGCACUACAGUUGUUUGUUGCCCAGAUCAUUCCAGGCUGAUGGAUGAACAAGACUGCAUUCCAGCCAAAAAUACCCGAAGGAUUCUUUUGAAAGUUUCAACAUUUUCGAAGGGCUGCAUUGAAGGAUUUGCAUUUGUACAGCAAAUUCCAUGACAGAAUGUUCUGAAGUACUUGAGUAUCCAUUCAGUAUUUUUCAAGUGUGUGAUUUUUGUAAUGUAGCAACAUGCAAAGUGGGUACAGCAAAAUCCCACAGGCAGCGGUGAGAACAUACUUGCGAACUAUACCAGCAGAAUUAGUCUGCUGCUUAGUGUUGUUGGGAGAACACUUACAUCCACCUGAGAGAGUAGAUGGAAUUUUGUUUAAUGUUUCAUCUGUAACUUGCACCUCUGACAGUGCACCUCUAUCUCAGUAUUGCACCAAAAUGGCAAGCUAGACUCUGUGAUCAAAUCUGUGGACAGUAUUUUGAGCCCAGGAUCUACUGGCUGAGGGUUGAGAGUACAACAAAGAAAUUGGGUUUAAUGGAUGGGCAAACAGUCUUUUCUGGAUUGCAGUCUGGCUGAAUAUAACAGGAUGAAAAUCCCUUCCUCUUUGAUUGAUGGGACCUAAGUCGGGAUUGUCAAUAUUUUUCAGUUUUUUCAAACCCAAGAAUUAAAACUUCCCAGUUGUUUGAAGAUCAGAGAGAGGAAGCAGUGCACUUUAUGCCUAGAUGCUUUCCAUGAUCUAUUUAAAACAGAUUGUCACUGUUACAAAGUUAAUUAAACUUACUGACUAGCUUUUUAGCAACAGGUCAUUGGAAGGGUGAAAGUGGGCAUCUGUCAUGUUUAAAGUUUUACAUUGAAGUGUUGACCACAUUUGUUCUCAUACUUACCAAGUACAUUUCUUGUGAGGACCGGGGUGUAUUGUUCAGUUUUGCAACCCACUGGCAGCACCUAUAACAUGUCAGACCAGACAUGGUCUACAUUCAUCUUGGUUCUAAACUUAGUAAGCUUAUAUGAUUGCCCUGAACUGAGGCCAGAUACAUUUUUCUCAAUUUACCUCUCUGACCUACAUUAACAGUUUUGUGCCAGAUUGUUUCCAUUAUCUCUGAUGUAAAUGGGUUUUGUGCUGAAGGCCGCAUCCACUCUUAGCUGAGUUGAGACUAUUGAAAGACAUUUCACACGGAACCUUUCCAAUCAACAAAGGUCUCACCUAACAACCUUGGCAGUAUUCAAUCAGCUUGCUUGAAUACAAUGCAACUAAGAUAGAAACUGAAGCCUGGACCUAUGAGCACUGUCUCACAAAUAUGAUCUCAUGUUGUAUUAGCUAGCAUGAUGAGAACUUCAAAAGUUUUCAUAUUUCUAUCUGCAGAUAGUUUCAUACCUGCUAUUUAAAGGAUUAAUGUCUUUUGAGAGGUCAAAGGGCCUUCAUGGAUAAUUUCUGAUUUGCUAGCUUCAAUACUUCUUGUCUCAGUCAAAUGCACUAAGCCUUCUCAGAAUGAACCCCUUUGAUUUCAGAGAACUGAGAAGUGGCUUUGUCAACUUGGAAUGCAAUGAGAGCUGUGGAAGUUAUUUGAAGUAUGCUGUUAAAGUUUCACAAUUUAAGAUAGAUACAUAAUCUCAGUUAACAAGGAAAAAAAAGUGUAAAUACUCUUAAGACCCCAGUACCAAGAAUGCUAAUUUUUAUUGCUAAUUCUUUUGAUAACAUAUAGAUACAAACACCAUGAGGAAACCCUUUAAUCAUCGUGAUGCAAAAAGUGCCAUAUGCAAAAAAAAAAAUUUUCUUCAACAAUACAUAUUUCAGUUAUCAAGGGAGAGUUUUAAGUCCUGAUUAACUCUUUGACAACUAAAAAGUUUACAUCACUCUGAGGAACCGUGUCUGCAUAAGAUUUCUCAAUCAAGUUGAAUUGAACAUCUCAUGAACCUAAACGUUUUUUAGAAAAUGCUAAAAUGAUGACUGCACAUGUUCACUGAUUGCCUGGACUGUUGGAACAUUUGGCAAAGUUACAAAGAGAGUGUACUGUCAAUGAUAGGGGUAGAUCAGUCUUGUCAUUCAAAGCUUGCAUUCUAUCAAAUAAUUGAGCAGAACCAGUCAGACUCCAGAACAAAGCUCUCGACAGUUCCAAAAUAAUCAAGACAUGGAAAUGUUGAGAAAUUAAAUAAAUUUUGAUGAUUAAAAGAACAUGCUGGAAAAGCACAACAGAUCUGGAACUGCCCACAGACACUCUGCAUAGUAGACAGAAGAGUCACUGCUUCUUAUCCAAGGCCAGCAUUCCAAGUAAUCCAAUCAGAAAUUUUCAAAAUAUUCAAACCUACAAAAUUAGAGCUGGAGAAAGUUUUGCAGAAUGACUAAUGUAGUUAGUUUUCGGGGUCCAGAUGAAGCUGUGAAUUAUCUAGUGAAUAUUUUUCAACUUUAGGCCAGUAAUUCACAAUAGGAAAUCUGUUGGACAGUGUUUAGGUGGUAGUGGCAUGACGCCCUCAUCAGUGAACUGCUGCAACCCUCUGAGGUGUACAGAUCUCUGUGUAAUCCAUGCUGCGGCUUUUGUUUGACAACUUAUUGGUUAAUUCCCAGUGUUCUCCCAGGGAGAAACUUAUGCUCCUGGCUUUGGCUGUAUGACAGAAUUUGACAAUGUACUGUAAAUAAAAUGCAUUUAGUUUCCAUGACAAUCCGUGCAUUUCCUGGUUGCAAUAAACCAUGAUGUUGACCAAGUA